UUAGGGAAGAUUAUUACAUCUCGAAAUAUAAACGAAGAGCUUAAGAUAAAACAUAUCUCAAUUCCUAAUCCACCAAAAUUUUCUCAGAGCAAGUCUAAGUCACCGGAAAGGUUCAUAUUUCUCCAACGGGAAUUGGAAGAUGGCAAACAACUCAGCAGCGUCAUCAUCAAGCCUUAAGAGAAAAGCCACUACUCCAGCGAGGGAUAUUGGUAUCUAUAGUGUGCAAUGUGACAAGUGCCAUAAGUGGAGGGAGAUUGAUACCCAAGAGGAUUAUGAAGCCAUAAGGAGUCGAAUACUCGAGGUCAAGUUUGAGUGCAAUAAGAAAGAAGGUAUGAGCUGCGCAGUUCCGGGGUCCCUAGAGUAUGAUUCCUCCAACAUAUGGGCCGUUGACACGGCUGGCUUGCCUACGACACCAAGUGGUUUCAAGAGGAUCUUAAUUCAUAGAAUUGACUACUCAAAGAUCGAUGCGUACUACGAAACUCCCACUGGGGAGAAGUGCAGGACACUCAAAGAAGUUGAAGCCUACCUUUCGGCCCAUCCAGAAUAUAGUUAUGCACUGAUUGAAGAAUUCAGCUUCAAGGUCCCGAAGAUGAUGAAGGACACCAUACAUGUCAAGACCCCUGAGCCAACCAAGGAAAGCGUCUGAGUCUCCAAGCUUCUUAUGCUAUUGAUAGGUUUUCUCGGAGUGAUCCAUAUGGUAUCUAUGUUAUAUCUGGUUUAUUAUUUUCAAGGGAUUUAAUAUGGUCUUGUGAUUUUUGAAUGUUUUUUUUUUUAAAACCCAUUUGCAUUUGACCCUUUAAUUGGGUUGUGAUUUAUUUAAUAAGGAUGAUAUAUUUUCUUCUCU